AUGAAGCCUGUGCUCCCUCACCACUUCCUGCUGGUGCUCUGCCUGGCGCCGCACCUGGUGCCUGGGAGUCCCAAGGAGCGCAUAAUGAAGUACAUCUUGGAACCUCCACCCUGCAGAUCGGAACCCGAGAAUUGUAACAGGUUCUGCACGCUGCAGGAAGACUGCCUGAACGGACUGCAGUGCUGCGCUGCCUACUGUGGGAUAGUCUGCUCACUGAACAAAACUCCAAAGCGCCGAAGGAGCAUCAGCAGGAACCUGAUGGUCACUGGGUUCGCUGAGGUCCCGCCGCACCUGUGA